CGCCGAUUUGGCGGCAGUGGGACUACAAGUCCCAAGGGGUCGCGGGGACGCGGGGCCAAGGGCGGGGGGCACGAAAAGGAGCCUGCUCGCGGGCGGAGGCAUCGGAGUCGGAGGAGGCGGCGGGCGGAUGCUGGGUGUGGCCUAAUCCGGGCCUGGCACAGUGGGAAGCCUAGGGCUGAUAAGACUCCUCGUUGCCUAGCAACCACAGGCCUGUCAUUGCCAGGAAACCACUCUCUGCAGCUGGUCCAGGCUUCUGAAUGUCUUCGGUUUCUACCCCAGACAAGAUAUUUUGCAUUCCCGCGCAUGGCAGUCCCUUAUGUCAUCCUGCUGGCUAGCCUCUGGGCUGAAGUUGUCAGCAAAUCCAGGGAAGGCGCGGUCCCACAGCCAGAGUGUUGCAUGGACGUGAUGGACGUCAACGUUAGCUGCCCAGGCACAGACCAGUGUGCUUCAGGCUGUUACCGCCGCUGGAACGACGACGGGAGCAGCAGCUGCGUUCGGUGCAGAAAUGAAAGCCUUCCGGGCAGCGGGGCCUACGUGGUGGAGUGCAGAAGUCUGGGCAACAAAGAAGCUAAUGUCACGUCCUACAGAACCACAGGGACGCCCCUCCUGCAGAACCUGGGGGGCCCCCAGGUGGUCGUCUCCCUCUUCUUGGGUACCUUCUUCAUCAGCUCCUGCCUCAUUCUCUCCGUCGCCUUGUUCUUCUACUUCAAACGCUCCAGUAAGCUCCCCCAUUUCUUCUACAGAAGGAACAAAGCAUCUGUCCUACAGCCUGGAGAAACUGCCGCCAUGAUACCCCCUCCAAAUUCUUCAGUCCGGAAGCCGCGCUAUGUCAGACGGGAUCGGUCACUGGCGAGACCCACCACACCCACCAUGAUCUCCUCCGUCGAGACUCGGGUCAGCAACGUUUAGCCAUCUAGGUUUGUUCAAGGACUCUGUCCGUGAACAAUUUCAGAGACUUCUCCGUGCCCGCUGAAGGGCCAGGAAAAAACACCCGCAGCAGCUGAGUCUCUGGCGAGCCCAAGGCCUGUGUCAAAUGGGGCUGUGCCAAAUCGAGCACAAAAGAGGCAGCAAGAGAGGGAGGUGGUGACCCCAGCGAGAAGGAGCCUGUGACCCGUCGGUGCGCCUCUUCAACCCUCCUCUCAUCUGGGCUUUUGAUCUGUCUCUUAGCAACAGAUACCCUGUUAAAAAUCGAGAGACGGCCUAGCUCGCCUGGACUGAAAAGUCAUUUCCUCCCAUCUCCAGUAUCUCAGUCUUGCUUGGAGCAGGGUGCCGUUGUAGCCCUGCGCCUGUUCUGAGGAGUGGUCAGCCUGGCUUUGAGAGCCACCACGCCUCCUCCCCGUUCCCUCCCUGUCUCUCCUCAGAGCGGGACAUUGGGGAACCCCACACCUAGAACCUUUGGUAUCUUUAGUGUAGGCACCCCAUCAGCCCCGGCUAGCCCGUCGUCCUUAUGUAGGGUGGGCUAUGCAUUUCCCGCUCCCCUAAGCCAGAGAAAGUGGGACCUGCUGGCCCUUGUGUGAAGGCUUGUCCAUUGCUCCCCCUGCCCUGCUCCAGGCAGGCUCCUGAGGUAGACCUUCUAUUGCCCGAAGCAAAGGGGGCUCCCAGUCUCACAGAGCGUUCGCUCUGCUGCUUGGUCUACAGACGCAUCCUGUUUGCAAUGCAGACCUGAAAUAAUGGCCUUCCCUUUGCUCCCAGAUGAGGCCACCUCGAAGCCACCUCAUCUCCAUCAGCCGCCAGGCAGGGCCCAGGCUUAUUGGCUCUUCAAGAGAGCAAGCGAGCCAGAGCGAGUGCCCCUUUUUGAUUUAAUUUAGACUUAGAAUGCCCAUUUGACGAGGCAAGGUGACCCAGCCCUUCCCCCAGUCCACGCUGGGGCCUGGCCAGGUAGCAACAUCUGGGCCACAGAGAGAAGUCAAGGGAAGAGGGAGCCAGAGGCUGCAGGCUCUGACGGCCUCAGAUCAAGCACUGUGUUGUGCCUAACGGCUGUGCCAAGAAACCCCUGAGGAAAGAGCCAACACCCUGCCCUGCCCCUGCCUGGGCAGGGGGGUGCCCAGCCAGAACUCCUGGGAAGCCAGCCCACUGCCCGAGAGUUCACAAAAUAGACGUGUUCUAGCAACAUUGCUUGUAGGAUGGUUUUCAUAAAAACAGACCCAAGUUUUGGUUGGGAUGCCUUUGUAAAUGGUAUCCUCGUUCCCCGUGAGGACCAAGCGUACUGAUAGAGCCCUUUGACAGCCUUUGUCCGAGCACAGAACAAAAAGCAGAUGGAGUCUCCCCAUCUCCUUCCUUUGCUCCCAUGUUCCCAGCUCAGUUGGGGCCCCAGUUGGCCUUAAUUGCACCCUUAGCAUUUUGCUCCUCUCCUAUUUAUGAUGACUGAUGGAGCUGGCCACCGAGCAGGGAAUCAAGGGCAGAAAGGUACUUUUGAACCCCUUCCUUUUACAGAGAAGGAAACUGAGGCACAGGGAGGUCUGACUUUGUCCAUGCUUACCAAGAAGCAGGACGGGACUCGAGCCAUGGCGUGUGCCCAAGCUGAGGGCCCUAGCUCUUCCUUUCAAAAAGGACCAGAUAGAGGCUGGCUUCCAGCCCGCGGGGGAUGCGCAGACCCCAGAGUAGGGAGUGAGACCAAACAGCAGCGCCACAAGUGACUGAGCCCAGGGCACACUCCUCAGAGAGGCAGGGGAGAAUCCCUCCACAAAGCUGUAGUUUGGCCCUUCCUGGUCCCAUUUUUGUGCCACUAGGGCCGUUUGCUAGACAGCUACUGGAGGGCCCUAAGUAUCACCAGAAAGCAUGAGGGACUGACCCAUGUAUGUGCUGGUAUUGCCCGGGUCACUGCUGGUGGAGAUGUCAGCGUCUAGAACUCCACCCCGGCGGUGUUCCCGGGCCCUGACCUCCACGGCCCUGGUCUAGGUCCUGCCCACCACAUUGGGAGGGGAGGCGCCGGAUCUUUGCCCCCGGCUGGCACCCAGGCAGUUCUAAUCCCAUGGGUCCCUGUGCCCUCUGGCCAACUGAGGCUUCCUCCAAGCCUCCCGCCUCAUCCCUUUGUGCCACGACGCUCAACAUGAUGUUUUUGUAUCUUUUUCUAUUGCCAACUUUAAUAAAUGCUCAUUUCCUGAGACAGGGACU